AUGGACGGACGUUUUAAUCACGCACAUUUAAGACAUACCAAACAUUUGGAUUUUCUUGACAAAUGGGAGAACUAUAAAUUACCUGACGAUGAAAUUGCCGUUCCUCUGAAGCAUCAACCUCCUUCAACUAGUGAUAAUGAUGACUGUAUGUAUAAUAAUUGGGGAAAUACAAUCUAA